UUCACAGUUCGCUCCCUUUGAGCCGCGGCGGAGACCGAAGAGGACAGAUACAAAGUUUAACCAUGGAAGUGUCUAUAGCUGACGAAACCAUCGAGGAGCUGUUACGAUGCAUUCGGCCAACUAUGGACUCAGAAGAAAAGAGGAGAGACGUCUUUGAGUACAUACAAAAACUGGUUAAAACCUCGCUUGGGCACGAGGUAUUUCCUUAUGGCUCUGGGCCUUUGAAAACUUAUCUGCCAGAUGGGGACAUUGACCUGACUGUGGUUUCCAAUCCUGAUCGUAAAAACACAUUGCCAGAUGAUGUGCAUGCGCUUCUUCUAGCUGAAGAAGCGAAGGAGAAUUCUGAGUUCAAAGUGAAGUCGAUACUCUUCAUCGAUGCUGAGGUAAAGAUUGUGAAAUGCAUUGUGCAGGACAUUUUGGUGGACAUUUCUUUCAACCAAUUAGGCGGUCUUUCUACACUAUGUUUUCUUGAGGAGGUGGAUAGUGUUAUUGGGAAGGACCACCUCUUCAAACGUAGUAUCAUUCUCAUAAAAGCUUGGUGUCAACAUGAGAGCCGUGUUCUUGGUGCAAACUAUGGACUAAUUUCUACGUAUGCUUUAGAGACAUUGGUGUUAUACAUUUUUCACGUGUCCAAUCGUUCCUUGAACCAGCCUCUGGAGGUGCUUUAUCGGUUCUUGGACUACUUCAGCAAAUUUAACUGGGAUCGUUAUGGAGUUAGUUUGGAAGGGCCUAUAUUAAAAGCAACAUUGCCUAGUAUAGUUGCUGAGAAACCAGUGGAUUGGGGAAAUGAUUUUUUGUUCCAAGAGGAUUUCUUUAAGGAUUGUGCGGAUUACUUCACAUUCACAUCAAGUUCACUUGAUGUGAAUUUGAAAGAAUUUCCCCGGAGGUUCCUUAACAUUGUUGAUCCACUUAAGGAAAGCAACAAUAUUGGACGCAGCAUUAGUAAAGGCAAUUCUCAUCGCAUACGUAGUGCGUUCAUGUUGGGCGCGCAGACGCUCGAAAAGAUCCUUGAAUUGCCGAGUGACAAAGUUGCACAAAAGUUGAAGAAGUUCUUCUCCACCACAUUUCGGAGACAUGGGCACAGAUUAUGCCCAUUCUCUACUAGUUCAAUCAGUGAGGAUAUCGAUUGGAUGGAAGAUUUUGAUUCAGAUGAAGAAGUAAUGGAAGUUACAUAUUUACCUGUACAUAUGAGUUGCAGGAUUUCUAGUGUGCAAUACUCUUCUCCAUCUGCUGAAAAUUCAAAGUCGGAGAGCAGUGCACUAUCUGAAGGACAGUCUUCUUCCACUUCUAAUGAGAAUCUGGGAUCAACCCUGUUGAUAGAAGAUCCAUGCGAGGAACAAAGUGACGAUGACUUAAGCUCUACAGAUUCAGUAUUGUCGGACUUGAGCUCUACAUAUUCAGUAAUGUCGGACUUGAGCUCCGCAUUAUCAGAGACCUACUUAGAAAGUUUGAAUCCACUGGUGGACCUAGCUGGAGAAUUUGACACCCAAAUUAGGAAUUUAUUGUGUGGUAAGAAUCGUCUCGAAAAUGGAAUGAAUCGUCUCGAAAAUGGAAUGAAUCGUCUCGAAAAUAGAAUCAAUCGUCUCGAAAAUGGAAUGAAUCGUCUCGAAAAUGGAAUGAAUCCUCUCGGGUGGGUUCUUCCUCCUUAUCCUCUUCAACUACCAUUUCAGCAGAAUUUCAUACCAAUGAAUUCUGUCUACGGUUUUGAAGGAAGAGUUGGUACUCAGCCUUUCUUCCCUCGUCAGAACGUGUCUUCGUACAACAGGUCAGUACAUUCUCGAUGGAGGAAUAGAAAACAUAAUAACCAUUCCCUUGAAACUCCAAGGAAGUUAAAGAAUGACAACAACUUUGCUUCAGUACGCCCCCCUGAGAGGCGAUAUGGGAGUGGGUUUUAUCAUUCGGAAGGAACAAGCUCCAACACUACUUUCCCCACUGCACCACCCCUUACAAACAUAGUAUUUGGUUCGCUUGGAAAUCCACCAGUGAUAAAUACUACCAGGAGACCUCCGCCAGCGAAAAUAGAAAAGAGGAAUCCAAGAGUGCCAUUGUCUAGUAAUGAUCCAAGAAGGGAAAUGGAGAGACCAGCCUUGCUGAACAAAGAAGACUUCCCCCCACUGACCAACUAAAAGAGGAUCUUGAGGAGAUGCUGGUGAGUUGAAGUGUUGUAGGGGAGAUUAGAUCCAAUCACAAAAGUAUUAUGAUGAUCAUAUUAGGCUAAUUGGUAGGGAAGAGGAAGAAUGAUAAAACUUCAUUUCUUUUUUCUGUUUUAAAAAGUUUGGUUUUUUUUUUUUGGAGGCUUUUAGUUUUAACUUGGUUCAUUCAUAUCUCCAUAGCAAAAAAUUUUAACAAAAAAAAGUUAUCAAAUGAGUUGCUAAUGUAAAGUUGUCAAUUCAGUUACAGAAUUAGCAAUGUUCUAUUUGACAUCUGAAAAGUUAUCAAAUGAGAGUUGCUAAUGUAAAGUUGUUAUUUGACUUAUUUCAGUUACAAAAUUAGCAUUAUUCUAUUCCAUGUGGGCAGGUCUGAAGCUUGUCUAAAGUAUCC